AUGCGAAUACAAUCAACUGGAACAUUGCUCCUGCUGUCCGCCCUAGGCGCCAGCUUGACGACCGCGAUGAGCUUUGACUGCGCCCACAUCAAGGUCAACGAUUACAAAUACGAUUUCAGCCCGUUGGGCGGCGUGCACGAGAUCUACCACGUCAACAAAACAGAGGAAUAUGUGACGAAUACAACCUACGUCCUGGACAUCUGCCACUCGCUGGGUAAAGCAUCGAAACGCCCGGAUGGAGCCGGCAGCUGUGAGCACUCCAAGAACAGUACGUCCACCACCUACUCCCACGUAAAGAUCAUUUGGUCCUGGGCAUCCGGAAUGGCUACUAACCCCUCGCCCCUGAAUGCAGUCUGUGGAUUCGAGGACCUCACUCCCAGCGAUGGAAAUGGCGACCAGAAAUUCGGCUUCCCGAUCGCCGGCCUCGAUCCGAUGGGCGGCGGCUCCAAGGAGCCCAAGUUCACACGACUCAGCGAGAUCGACUCGAACACCCAGGGUCUGCGUCUUCAGAUCGCCGGUGGGUCAUGGAAAGGCGAAUACAAUAACAAGAAGGCCAAGGAUGCGGCUGCCUUGAUUGAUUUCAAGUGUGACCCGGACCGGUCUGGACUGGAGGGAAUUAGCACCAAGGAGUCGGUUCCAGAGGAUGAGGAGAACAAGAAGCAACGCCGCGCGGACGGGGACGAGGAGGAAAUGCCUUCGAACCAAAGCCUCCAGUUCAAGAGCUUUGCUCCCAACGACGACGGCGUCUACGUUCUCAAGCUGGAAUGGCAAACGCGUUACGCCUGUGAUAAUUACCAGGAUGGCAACGACGCCAGCUCGAACCAUUGGGGCUUCUUCACCUGGUUGAUCAUCAUUCUCUUCCUCUGCAUCGCAGCCUACCUCAUCUUCGGCUCAUGGCUGAACUACAACCGCUACGGCGCCCGCGGCUGGGAUCUCCUCCCGCACGGCGACGCCAUCCGCGACAUUCCCUAUCUCCUGCAGGACUGGUUCCGUCGGGUCGUCAACACCCUCCAGGGAACCGGGUCGAGAGGCGGAUACAGUGCGGUGUAG